GAAGCCGCUUCGAGCGCAGAAGAAGAUUCUACUGCUCCGCCAACUGGUUUGCUGCUCCAACACGCGGACUUCGACGUGUGGAGCCUUGGCGACGGGGAUCUGGUCAGUCUCAGCGCAACUUCGUCGAGCGCGACGUUGCGGAACAGUAGUGAGAGACCGGCUGUUUCCUGGCUGCAGAAGAUUCCUCUGGCCGCGCAAGUAGAACACUUAUGCCUAUCUCAGCAGGUUAAAUUGCAUCGCCAUUUUCUCGACGAGCUUCGCGUGCACAACGUGCCGCUUUUUGAUUCCAAGCUGCGUAACGUCUGCGAUUUUGGCUGUUUCUUCAGGCUGGAAGAUGAGAGCGCUCAAGAAAAACCUGGAGAACGACCGGAACGCGAGGAAGAUGAAAACUCGACGCACUGCUCUCGCGGAUUAUUUGGAAGAAGAAGCACGACCAAAAGUACAAAAUCGAAGAUUGAGGGGUUGCUCCCCUUCGCGCCAUGGAUGAAGCUUUUCUUCGCCGAAAAGGAGAAGGAACAUGCUCGAGUGCAGAGCAGAAGAAGCGCAAGGGGAGAGGACGCAGCGGAUUUUGAAGAAAGUAGGAGUAGUACUUCUACUGUCACCACCACGAUCGGACUUCCGAACCCGUUGAAGCAAAUCUGGCGGUGCAAAACGGUCAUGGCGGAAUACCGCAACCGAGCAGGAGGGACG